AUGAAGAAAAAGAAACUCGUGCGAACGAGCUACACGAACGAGCAGAUCCAGACACUUCUAAAGAUAUUCCAUGAAAAUCCCUACCCAGACUCGGAACACAUGGAAGACAUUGCGAAAGAGUUCGGAGUUCCUGAUAAUAAGAUCAAGAUCUGGUUCCAGAACAGGCGUGCCCGAUGGAGGCGCCGCGUGAACGACACCAUAAACAGCUACCCACACGGUUUCUUGCCCAUGACUCCCGCUCUAUCGCCUGCUCAUCCGAACGGAUACAUGACUUCCGGUCACCUGAUGGUCGCCUCAACCCCGCAGCACCUGGCCGCCAGCUACUUCAACCCUUGGAUGCAGACGAAUUCCCUUAGUCCGGAUAAUAACAACGCCAACAAAUUUCCGGUGAACCCUGCCCAGCUGAGACUCUCCCCAACAUCGACGUUCACUUCCGGUUGGUCUCCUACCCAGUCAUACCGGCCCGUUCCUGUAUCCGCAUACUCCUCCAUCCCGACUGCCUACCAGAUGAGAACGUCACCGCAACACGCAAUGAGGUCACAAUUUCCCUCAGUGACGAUAUCUCCGAACAGCUCCUCAUACUUGUCGUCUGCUUUAUUGUCUCACCCGAUGACGUCAUCAAAUCAAAUGACAACAUCACAAGUCAACAAGACGACCUACCAAUGUCAUGGACAAAGUGCUUCUAUUUCCAAUGGCUAUGCAACUCACACGAACUAG